CGCCUGCCGGUGGCCACUCGCGCGGUGCUCAUCACCGGCUGUGACUCUGGUUUUGGCAAGGAGGCGGCCAAGAAACUAGAUGCCAUGGGCUUCAUGGUGCUGGCCACUGUGUUGGACUUGGAUAGCCCCGGCGCCCUAGAGCUGCGUGCCUGCUGUUCCCCUCACCUAAGGCUGCUGCAGAUGGACCUGACCAAGCCAGCUGACAUUAGCCGUGCUCUGGAGUUCACCAAGGCCCAUACCACCAGCACAGGUUUAUGGGGCCUGGUCAACAAUGCAGGCUUCAAUGAUGUAGUGGCGGAUGCGGAGCUGUCUCCAGUAGCCACGUUCCGCAGCUGCAUGGAGGUGAAUUUCUUUGGCACACUGCAGCUGACCAAGGGACUCUUGCCACUUUUGCGCCGUUCCAGGGGCCGCAUUGUGACCCUUGGCAGCCCAGCAGGAGACAUGCCAUAUCCAUGCUUGGGGGCCUAUGGGACUUCCAAAGCAGCUGUGAUGCUGCUCAUGGACACCUUCAGCUGUGAACUUCUGCCUUGGGGGGUCAAGGUCAGCGUCAUUCAGCCUGGCUGCUUCAAGACAGAGUCAGUGAAAAAUGUAGGCAACUGGGAGCAGCGCAAACAGCUGCUGCUGACCAGCCUGCCCCAAGAGCUGAUGCAGGCCUACGGGGAGGACUACAUCGAGCACAUGCACGGGCAGUUCCUGCAUUCGCUGAGCCUGGCUCUGCCAGACCUCAGCCCGGUUGUAGAUGCCAUCAUCGAUGCACUGCUGGCAGCUCAGCCGCAACGCCGCUAUUACCCCGGCCGUGGCAUGGGACUCAUGUACUUCAUCCACUACUACCUGCCCGAGGGCCUGCGGCGCCGCUUCCUGCAAACCUUCUUCAUCAGCCCCUGUCUGCCCAGAGCACUGAGGCCUGGCAAGCCUGGCCCUACCCCCACUGAGGAUGCAGCCCAAGACCCACACCCAAACCCAGGUCCUUCCCCCACAGUGGCCCAAUGA